CCUCCUCCAAAAGAACCCUCUCCAGUAGCGGCGCUUCCUCCUCCUCCUCCAAAAGUACCCUCUCCAGUAGCGGUGCCUCCGAAGCAGAGCACUGAGAAGGAGGAUUCACAAACUAAGGAUAAGGACGCUCCUUCAAAACCGCCAUAUGAAUCCAAACCCCAGAAACAAUAUGAAACCCCUCCCCCGUCUGAAACUAUGAAGAAGACUGAAGAACAGAGGGGUGCAGAGUCCAAAAUACCGGGCAUCAAGAAAUCAGAUGAAACGGCGAGGGAAAUUGCAGCUCGGAAGGGUGCAGAAAAGAAAGGUGAUGUUGGGGAAAAGGGUAAGGUGAAGGAGGAAACUAGCUUUAGAGAAAAGGCUAAGAAAAUGAAGGACGAGGCUGUGGCGAUGAUGAAGACUGCAUUGGAGAAGACGGAAGAUCGGCAUUUGAUCGUUAAUGUGGGUGUGGCGGUUUUGGUGAUUGUAGCAGUUGGGGCUUAUGUGACCUACAAAAUUCGAUCAUCCGCAAAAGCUAAAGAUUAAUUUGUUUAAUGUGGUCAAACAUUAAAAUAUAUGUAUAUAUAUGAAAUGUUGGGGAAGAUGUAUAGUCGAUCUUUUUACGCUCACUAAAAUUACAAUUUCUUU